GGCGGCGCUGUGACCUCCCCGCCGCCAUCGUUGGUCUACAUUCAAAUAGAGAGUGACGAAAGAUAAGAGCAGUCUUUAUCCCCCGCGGAGGAAGGUGAGGGCCAUGGCUCGUGGGCAGCAGAAGAUCCAGUCGCAGCAGAAGAACGCCAAGAAGGCGGCCGAGAAGAAGAAGGGCCAGGGAGCUGACCAGAAGACUGCAGCGAAGGCUGCUCUGGUCCACACCUGCCCUGUCUGCAGGACACAAAUGCCCGACCCAAAGACCUUCAAACAGCAUUUCGAGAGCAAGCACCCCAAGUCUCCGAUGCCCCCUGAACUGGCUGAUGUCCAGGCGUAAGAAGCCACGGAUGGAUCUCCACCCAGAUACACACCCACCGCGAACAUUACGUUGACUCAUGGCUGCUGGAUGACCACCACUGGACCAUCAGGGAGGAGGGGACGGGGCCGACAUGGGGGCGAGGGGGGUUCGACGAGUGUAGAGCUACAGAAGUUCACCAGCAGUCCGUUUGUUCCCGUGUCUGAGUCUCUCCGGAACCAGAACCUGCGUAUGGAUCUCACACAGUGUUCUGACUCGAUCAUUUCAACUCAGACGUGGAGAACCGUGAAUCCUCUUUGCUAUUGUCGACAGUCAUGAACCCGAGGCGUCUAACUCCAGACCUCCUCAACACAGAACCUCACGCUGGACCACCACCACUUGUGUUCAUUUCCUCACGUGUCUCUGUCAGAAAGCAGGCGGGUCCGACGGUGCGGGGCGACCCACCGGGUGUCGUGUGUCUGUCGAGAGACUUGGAGAACAGUAACUGCCAAAAUGAUUCCCUGACCUUUUUUAACAAUCCGACCAAAACCGACUCCUCACUGUAUUUUUUUUACCCUUUUCAAUAAAUUAAACAUUGUAUUUAA